AUGAAGAUCUUUGUAGCGCUACUAUUUCCUGUGUUAUUUCAUUUUCUGCUGAACAGUGGAAAUGGAAUUGAAGCAUCCACACAUAGCAAUGAUUAUAUCAAGUACAGGGUACCUGAAAAACAACCUUACCGAACUUCUUAUCACUUUCAGCCCCCACAGAAUUGGAUGAACGAUCCAAAUGCACCAAUGUACUACAAAGGUGUUUACCACCUUUUCUACCAACAUAAUCCUUAUGCAGCAACCUUUGGUGAUAGGAUUGUGUGGGCUCACUCUGUAUCCUAUGAUCUCAUCAAUUGGAUUCAUCUGAAUAAUGUUCUUGAACCAAGUGAACCCUUUGACAUCAACAGCUGCUGGUCAGGUUCAGCUACUAUGCUCCCAGGGGAAGAACCUGUUAUUUUAUAUACAGGGAUUGAUAAUAAUAAACAUCAAGUUCAGAACUUAGCUAUGCCAAAGAAUCUAUCAGACCCCUUCUUAAUGGAAUGGACCAAACACCCUCAAAACCCUGUCAUGACUCCACCUAGUGGAGUUGAAGUGAAUAAUUUCAGAGAUCCAUCAACUGCUUGGCAGGGAAAAGAUGGAAAAUGGAGGGUAGUCAUUGGUGCUCAAAAUGGUGAUGAAGGGAAGGCGAUUCUUGAUCAAAGUGAGGAUUUUGUUAAUUGGACAGUGGAUCCAAAUCCUUUCUUUGCAUCAGAUAAAACUGGAGUUUGUGAAUGCCCAGACUUUUUUCCUGUGUACAUCAAUAGCACAAAUGGGGUGGAUACUUCUGUUCAAAAUCCGAAUGUCAGGCAUGUCUUGAAGAUAAGCUAUUUAAGCAGACAACAUGACUACUAUUUUCUUGGUAAAUAUGACUCCGAUCAGGAAAACUUUAUUCCUGAUAUUAAAUUCACAGGAACUAGUUUGGACUUAAGAUAUGACUAUGGUAACUUUUAUGCUUCCAAGUCAUUUUUUGACUAUGCCAAGAACAGAAGGAUAUUGUGGGGCUGGGUGAAGGAGUCUGACACCACACAAGAUGAUAUUGAGAAAGGAUGGGCAGGUUUACAGUCAAUUCCAAGGCAAGUUUGGCUUGAUAAAAGUGGGAAGCGAUUGAUGCAGUGGCCAAUUGAAGAGGUUGAAAAACUACGUGACAAGCAAAUCAGUUUAACAGGAGAGAAACUCUUUGGUGGAUCAAUUAUUGAAGUCUCAGGUAUCACUGCAUCACAGGUUGAUGUGGAAGUGUUGUUUGAGCUACCUGAACUAGAAAAUGCUGAGUUGCUAGAUCCCAGUGGAGUUGAUCAACUACUCUGUAGCCAAGAAAAUGCAUCAAGAAGUGGCAUAAUAGGACCAUUUGGUUUGUUAGCUUUAGCUUCAGAGGAUCUCAAAGAACAGACUGCAAUCUUCUUCAAAAUAUAUAGAGCUCACAAUAGAUAUGUUUGCCUUAUGUGCAGUGACCAGAGCAGGUCUUCAUUGCGGCAAGACCUUGAUAAAACAACAUAUGGAACUAUCUUCGACAUAGAUCCCAAUCUCAAAACGAUUUCACUUAGAAGCUUGAUUGACCACUCUAUUAUUGAGAGUUUUGGAGAAGAAGGGAGAGUUUGCAUCACUAGUAGAGUUUAUCCUUCAUUGGCUAUAGACAAAGAUGCCCAUCUUUAUGUAUUUAACAAUGGAAACCAGGGUGUGCUGAUCUCAAAACUUAAUGCUUGGAGCAUGAAGCAAGCGGAGUUAGGCCUCGAGGGAAAUAAUAUAAGCUGUAACUAA